AUAACAAUAAAUAGUUAGUGGUUUGUAAGCGUCACGUAUUACUGACUGACAGGAUGACAGUCAUCAGUUAACCGUCUGGAUACCUAUGAAUGCAUCCUAAAUAUUCUUGAAAAUAAUUUAAACGUCAUCAAAUGGCAACAGUCCAAUCUCACAAGGCAUGUCCCGUUUCCUCGAUCGAAGAUGCUGCUGCUCACGAUGGAGCGAACCAAUUCUACGGAGGCAUCAUGCAACCCAUUUGCCACCAACAUCCGAAGGAGAGUCCUCAUCGGUUCAAAGGUCACGAUCGACGUCACCUUUACUCACAAUCUCACAGCCGCACGUGUCCCAAUUGGAUUCACAAAUCGGCUGCUGCGUGUGUCAGAAUCGGCGGAGGAAAAGGUCAUCGAAAAUUCAUUCGACCACUGAUACCAAGAAACUCAACGGUGUCCGAAUCGGUCUUCAAGGAAUGAGGGAGAGUUUGGAGUUACAAUUGGUUGGGACACAAGUUGAAGAAGCAAUGGCUGCUGACAGACAAUCCGCACUUAUUCAACAUUUGGACUUGGCCACCACAGCAUUGGAAGCAUUGAUACAGCACGUGCGAUCUUUACAAGUGUCACACACGGCAGCUUAUCGCGUUGUUGAUUUAAGUCAUCAAUUAAUACUUCCAUAUUCGGUUUCAACUAAUUACUCAAAUUCCACUGGUAAUGGUUUGACAAUGCAGAUGCAACAGGCUGAGAUUCGGAAGGAGACCAGACUACUUCUUUUGAAAGAGGUUGUAGAGAAUUGUACGAGAAGCAUAACCGUGUCGAAGCAGUUGCAAGCAGUCAUGGACGAGUAUAGAAUGAGAAAAGAGGACUUCUCCGUGGCUGCGAGAAAUUUGAAAAACUUAUUAGACAAUACCAAGCUGAGUGUACCGCAGUUGGAAAAGUUGCAACGACAGUACGAGACCAUUUUGCACGAGUAUCAGCAAAGUAGAAGGACUCUCGAUGGAGAAUUGCCAAGGAUCGUUAGAAUGUAUGAUCUUUUCAAUCGUAAACAUCCACUUGCAUGGGAUACAUGGAGAUUUGGUUAUUUCAGACGGUUGGCAGCGCUUAGAAAUAAUUUUCAAAAAGUUGCUGAAUUUUAUAACGACACGGAAUACGACAAGCAUACAGGCAAUUUAUUUAAAAUAAUAGGGGAUAAUCUGUGUCAGGAUGAAGCAGCUGCGGAUCAUCUACUGUGUGACCGAUUGGAAGAGACUCAAGAAUUCUGUCAGAAAUGCAAAGUUAACCGUGUCGAGAAGAAAUGAGGGAAACUUGAGGGUCUUUAAUGUUCGAAACGGAGAAUUCCCCAUUGCUCUGGGACACAAUGUGAAAUUAUGGACGGUACGUAGAAGCCAUACGUCGAAAUCUAAAUCCUCUUAAAAACGAUGCCAAGGGCUCUGUUUAUCCAUAUGGACAUAUUGGGAAUCACGUUUAUACCGGCUGCUUCCGACAAAGCUUCUUUUACACGAAUGUCAAUGCGUAGUUACAUGAGGAUUAUCAAUAGGAUUUUUGCUGCGUCAUCGAAAGAUUGACAAUUCAUUCUAAUCUGGAUACAGCAAGACUUUAUUGGUCGUAUGAAUAGUAUGCAAGAAGUUUUGCUAAAAUUUCAUUUAUAGGAAAUGAAGAGAGUAGACGCCAUAACCUGCAUUUUAUAUUAUAGUAUUUUGUUUCAUGUUUUACACGACAGUGUACGCGGUACAUUUAACUUUUUUUUUUAUAGAAUACAAUUAAACAUAUUUCAGUAUGAAAAAGGUAAUAAACUUCAUUUCCGAGAAAUCAUAAACAAUAUUGCAUAAUUGGCAGACAUAUGAAAAUUAUAAUACAAGACGUAUGGAUAAGUAUAAGUUAUACGAUAAAUUCGAAGGAAUAAAGCUACCGGGUUAUCCCACUUCUGUUGUCAUAUUUUUUUAUAUUUUAUGAUUUUGCAACAACGAAUCACUGUAUAAUCAAACCUUGUUAUAAUAAUUAGUAGUCUCCCUCAUUAUUGAUUAUGCGCUCCCAGACUGCUGGCAAUCUUGAACACCAUUCAAAGUACCACUUCCAUUUAAUUCACAAAUAAUGUUGUUCAGUUUAAUAUCUAACUCCUUUAAGCUGCUGCAUCGAGUACCUGACAAUUUCCUCUUCACGUGGCCGAAACAAUUGAAAUCGCAUGGAUUCAUAUCCGGGGAAUAUGGCGGCUGAAUGAUCUCUAUCCAUGCUUUAUCUUCAAUUAGCUGCUGAACUAUUUUUGAUUUAUAUGGUCUGGUAUUAUCAUGUAAAAUUAUAGGAUUCGAUACAUCAUGCUGCAGUGCCCAGAUAGCGAUGUUCUCUUCCAAAAAUGACUUAUAACGCUCUCCAGUCAUAGUUAUAUUUUCAUCAUAAGUUCUCCAAAAAGCAAUCCCUCUUAUAUCCAUAGCCACUAUCAGUCGUAUCUUUCGAUCAUGUAGCUCUGCGCGUGGUAAAGGUUCAGCUGAAGUGUUUGAUUCUACCCAAGAUCGUGACUGAUGUGGUUGGUGAGGAGUAUAAAACUCGACCCAAGAUUCUUCUAUGCAUAUGAACCUAUAAAGUAUAUUUUCCUUACGGUGGUACCACGUCAAGUGACUACGUGCAGUUUUAUAUCGAAAUCCCUUCUGAUCUGUGUUCAAACUAUGUGGUACCCAUACUGCUAGUUUAUUGACCAGACCUAAAUCCUCGGUCAGUACUCUAUGGACAGUCGAAUGAGGAAUAUUCAGUUGGGUGGGAAGAUUAUUAACACUCACUCUGCGUGAUUGACUUAGUGCUUCUUUGAUUUUGUCUUUCGCUUCUAACCUAGUUGAUGAUAUUGGUCGAGGUGCUCGUGGCUCAUCUUGAGCUGUGAUUCUACCCUGUUUGUACAUUUCGAGCCAUCGUUGUACAGUUCUUUUAUUUAAUGCAUUACGGCUAACAGAUUUCACCAACAUGUCAUGCGCAACUCCUCCAGAGUAAUUUAAUAUGGCACAAAACUUUAAAGAUAUACGUUGCUCCACUACACUGAUAGAUUUUUUUAAAUCUUCCACUUUAAAUCUAUAAACGUCCUGACAAUACGACAUACGAAAAUUAACGCAAUUGCAGAAUAUCAUGCCAACAGCAACUACAGCGUAAUAUUGCGCAAUACUUAAAUAAUUGGAAAUAAAAAGGUGACACUGGAAGUGAUAUUACCUAGUAUAUCAUCAUAAUAUGGAUCAUCAACAUUGAAAAUGAUCUGUCAAAAAUGACGGAUGAUAAAGACAACUAAGAAUUAUUCUAAAAUUUGAAAAUUCUACGCUAGUACACAAGUCAUAUCACUCACUUAAUGCGCAUGCGCAAUUCCGGCGAGUUUCCAACACAGUGUUGCCUUAAUACGAGUUUCCAUGACGCAUUCAGUAAUACCAAUCUAACAGUACUUCGAAACCGGGCAUAAGGUGCGAAUGCAUAAAGCCCAUGAGUUAAACGGUCUGCAAAGCCACAUUGUAUUGCAUAUUACACAAAAGACAUAGCCCCCAAUCGAAGCACUGCUAGAACUUUAGCUUUUCAUGAAGAGCUGAACAGAACGUAACGUAACAUCAUUGAUAAGCCGGUUGAAGAAUUCAAGGGUAAAAUUUCGCGGGCAUUGGCCGUUGCGUGCGAGCAAGUUGAACGCGUGACGGGAAGUGGCGCUGCGCAGCGUCAUGCCAAGUCGCAAAGUAACACCUAAGAGUGAGAGAGAAGACGAGCGAACAGUGGAAGACAGUUCUUUGGUGCGAUAGAGAUAGAUCGUGAGGUCGGAUUCGGGGCUCGGGUUGAUAAAAGGCGCGGAGCAUUCGGGCGCGGCGCGAGUACAGGAGGCCAGGAGGCGGUGGGUCGCUGCAACAGCAAAGGAACGAGGAACGAGAAACGUUUUUCGUAUUCGUAUCUCGUGGUACUAGGGUGCGCGAGAGCCGCGGCUACGAGGACUGUGACGGCGGCGGCGGCGGCAGCAGCAGCACCAGCAGCCAAGAGAGAGAGUGUGCGACGAAAGCAGUGCUGCGGUGGCUCACCACACCCAACGGCGCCGGGAGCCGAGCGAGCCUAGCGAGAACGUACGCGAGCCCGAGGGCCGCCCAGGGACCAGCACCGGGUGCUCGGCUCCUCGUCCCUUCGUCGACGGACUUCGUUCCGUCGACCCGAGACCGAGCGAGCUACGAGAACGGGAACGGAACGGAACGGGCACGAGGACGAA